GCCGGCUGCAGGGUGCCUCCUCCUACGGGCUCUGCCGCUGUCCGGCGCCGCACCCGGCUCGCGUCCCCCUCCUGGAGAGGCGCCGAUCGCAACGCCCAGGCGCCGGGGAGGAAGCGGCAGGUUCCCCGCUUUGCACGGCUCCGAGUCCCCGGAGGAGCUGGGCAAGGCGGGCAGCCCCGGGGAAUUCUCGCCGCGCGGCCGGGAGCCGGGGACCGGCCGCUGGAAGUUGCCGGGAGUGGCUCGGAGCUGGUGGCUUCCCCAGCACUCACAGCAUAGUGGAUCUGUCUCCCUUAAGUCACUCUGCUUCCUGGCUGAAACUUUGACAGUAUGGACAAGUCACCUUAAAGGGCGCUCCCAAGGCCUGAUGGAUUUCUGAUAGCGUGCUACUGAAGAGCUGGAAGGAGCAUGGUUAAACACCAACCACUACAGUACUAUGAGCCGCAGUUGUGUUUGUCAUGCCUGACUGGGAUCUAUGGUUGCCGUUGGAAACGGUACCAGCGGUCACAUGAUGACACCACAAAGUGGGAGCGCCUCUGGUUCCUAAUCCUCACCUUCACUUUCUUCCUGACACUGGUCUGGUUUUAUUUCUGGUGGGAAGUUCACAAUGACUACAAUGAAAUCAACUGGUAUUUAUAUAACCGAAUGGGAUAUUGGAGUGACUGGUCCAUUCCAAUACUUAUAACAGCUGCUGCUGGCUUUCUGUAUAUCACAGCGUUAUUGAUUUUAGCACUAUGUCACAUCGCUGUGGGACAGCAAAUGAACUUACACUGGCUCCACAAGAUCGGCCUGAUGGCGACCUUGGUAGUUACUGUAGUAACUAUGUCUUCUAUAGCACAACUUUGGGACGAUGAAUGGGAGAUGGUAGUUAUUUCAAUGCAGGCCACAGCUCCCUUUCUGCACAUAGGAGCCCUGGCUGCAGUCACGGCCCUGUCUUGGUUGAUAGCUGGGCAAUUCGCAAGAACGGAAAAAGCCACUUCACAGAUGUUGAUAUUCACUGCAUACUUUGCCAUCGUAGUUGCACUUUACCUCGUUCCCCUCACUGUCUCUUCCCCUUGUAUAAUGGAGAAGAAGAAUCUGGGACCAAAACCUGCCAUCAUUGGCCAUCGUGGUGCGCCAAUGCUGGCGCCAGAAAACACUCUGAUGUCCUUCCAAAAAGCAAUGGAGCAGAAAACAUACGGAGUGCAAGCUGACGUCGUGAUAAGCUAUGAUGGGGUGCCGUUCCUUAUGCAUGAUAACACACUCAGGAGGACAACUAACGUGGAGGAAGUGUUUCCAGAGCUGGCUUACAAGCAUUCUUACAUGUUCAACUGGACUGACCUGGAGAGGCUUAAUGCUGGAGAAUGGUUCCUAAAGAGUGACCCCUUCUGGACUGCUGGCUCCCUCUCAGGUUCAGAUUAUCUGGAAGCUGCAAACCAAUCAGUCUGUAAGCUGGCUGAUAUGUUGCAGAUCGCCAAGAACAACAUGUCAGUGAUCUUGAACUUUCAGGACCUGCCUCGAGAUCAUCCGUACUACAGCACUUACGUCAACAUUACCCUGCAGACCAUACUGGAGUCAGGGAUCCAGCAGCAGGCUGUGAUGUGGCUGCCCAACACAGAGCGGCAGCUGGUGAGGCAAAUUGCGCCAGGUUUCCAGCAGACUUCUGACAUCAAAGCAGAUGUGGAGCGCUUGAGAGACAAAGGCAUCAAACAGCUGAACCUGCGGUACACUAAGGUCACCAGUGAGGACAUCAGGGAAUACACCGCCGCGAACCUGAGCGUUAAUCUCUAUAUUGUGAAUGAACCAUGGCUGUUCUCUAUCCUGUGGUGUGCUGGCGUUCAGUCUGUCACGUCUGAUAGCUCACAAAUCCUUAGCAAGGUGCCUUUUCCCGUUUGGCUAAUGCCUCCAGAUGAGUACAAUCUAAUCUGGAUAACAGCUGAUCUCAUUUCAUUUACCAUAAUUGUAGGAGUUUUUAUAUUCCAGAACUAUCACAUGAUCAGAUGGCGUCUGGGAAGCAUAAGGACUUACAACCCGGAGCAAAUCAUGCUCAGUGCUGCUGUCCGCAGGUCCAGCAGGGACGUCAAAAUCAUGAAGGAGAAAUUGAUCUUUUCAGAAAUAAACAACGGCGUGGAGAAUGCAGAUGAGCUGUCGUUAUGUUCUGAAAAUGGUUACUCCAAUGAGGGUGUCGCCCCCAUGGAUCAUCGGGACAUGAAGCUACGCAUGGACUGAGGAAUUAAAGGCCCGUGGCAUGACACCCUCCCCCCGGCAGUGCUCCCAUCUGCGAUGGGUGGUAUUCCCGCUGUCUGGGAUGGGGGAAACGCUCUGUGGAACUAUUGAGCAUGCAGCGAUCCCUUCUAUUGCUCUGGUUGCUGGGUCCCAACAUACUCUGGACAGUGAGGCUGGGGCAGCUUUUUGUAAAUAUGUAGAAAGUCCUUUUUUUGGUCUCUUUCGUGUAUUUGGGGGGGUUGUAUGUAUUUCUUCCAGGACAUGAGCGGGACUAACUUGUGCAUUGAAACAGGAACAUUUUGGCUAAAUCUGAUGAAAUAUUGAGGUAACAUCUUGGACACUGGGGAAGACAGGCGGGGGAUGGACCUGAUCUUCCCCCUCCACUCAACUCUUCCCCUUGGUGCAGCAAUUGUUAGCUGAACUUGUCUAAAAACCUAUGUUGUGAAGUUCUUGUGACGUGUCAUUUCUUUUUCUGUCUAAUGAAGUUUUCACUAAUCAGAGGGCUGUUCAGAGCUUCCUUGCAGGAGGGAAGGUGCUGCUCCCAGAGUGUGUUCGGAACCAGCGGAAGGAAUCAAGCUGGCUGAAUCACAUUCAUGCCUUCCCCCAGAAUAGCAGGCAUGCAGGGAUCAUAUGAAAUAUAUGAUAGGAAGUGUUCAGAGCAAAACCCUUGGCAAGUUUUAUGGCCUAUACUGCAGUGCUUCCCCAGAGAAAUCUCCCCUAGAUGCUCCUGUCCUGAAUGAAGACUUUAAAUAGACCCCUAGUUGGUAUUUCAUAAGUCAGUCUCCAUGAAGAAUCUCGAUCCCAUGAUGGCUAGUAAAGAGCACUCACCACCUUGUUCAUCCCCCUGAUCCAGCUGAAGUGCCCGCCACUUAGAACAGGUGGUGUAGUUUGUUAACCCUUUAACUGGUGGUGGAGAAGGGAAGUCACAAUCAGCAGUGGCCUGGUAACCAGUGUUUCUCAGUCACAGGUCAAGCAGCUCAGCUUGAAGAAUUGAAGUUUGAAGCAGCAGCAAAGAAUGCUGGAUUGUAAAUAGUAAAGCACAAAGUGAAGCAGUCUAGGAGAACAAGGGAGACCUUCUCCUUAAUUCUUUGUUGUUGUGUAGAAGCAGUAUCUUUUUUUU